ACUCACCUGCUCAUCCUUCAGACGCAGAGGAGCUCACCUGUUGUGUACUUAUCAAAAAGCUGUCUCUGCAACACCUUUACCUUAGUGUCUUACCUCCAGACCAUUGCAGGACUUUCCUAGCAGCAAACAGAGGUGAAUCCAGAGAUGAUACUUUAUUUCAAAGUAUAGUCCUGCUGCUUUAACCUUGAGCAGAAUGAGAGGAUUUUUUGACACUUUGCAUGUACUGUGGUAGUGGCAAGAUAGGAUGACGUCCGUAUAACCAAGGAAUGUGCCAACUUUGAUGGACCAUGAAGAAUUGGGUGCUAGCCCCAAAUUAGAUUGUUGGCUUAGCCAGUGACGGAGAUUUGUGAAAAUUGUACAUGGACCCCAAAUUUCAGAAACUCCACUGAUGUCUGCCUUGCUGCUGGUCUGUCUUUGGGUUGUCUUUAGUGGGACACAGAUAAGCGAAACUAUCGGUCUGAAAUCAUGGACACCAUGCACAGACCUCCGGCCUCUGGACAUGUUGUCAGAAGUGAUCUCCCCUAGCAAGUCCUUAGCAGGAUUACGGAUGGUACAGUCUCAGGGAGCCCGUGGGUUUCGUCUUUCUGCAUCACCGCACGUCCUGAGUUUUCCAUCUUCACGUCUCUUCAAAAAUUGCCAUCUCUUUCCAGAGGAGUUUUCCCUUGUGGUCACUGUAAAGAUUCCCAGCCUCCCACCCAAGAAAAAUGAAUACCUGUUCACUGUGAAACCAGAAGGAAGAGUAAAUAUCCUCCUUGGCUUAAGAUACUCAGAUAACAAACUUCACUUCUUAUUCUGGAAUAUUGAAGGCUCCCGAGAAUGGCAAACCAAAGUUACUUUUCGUGGUGUUUCCCUCGCCAAUGAUCUGUGGCACACACUUGUUUUAGCCGUAUCUGGUAUUUCGGUUUCUCUCUCUGUUGAUUGCAGUAUCCCUAUUGAAGUCGUCCUAGACAAACCAUUUCCAGCAUUCCUAAACACCACCAACUCCCGGAUAUAUGUCGGAAGCAGAAGGCGACGUAAAGGUUUUUUUUCUGGCUUGUUGAGGCAACUUGUUCUUCUGCCAGGAUCUGACGCCACAGCUACUAUAUGUCCUAAUGCCAGACCAAGGCUUUCGGAGCUGUCCAUUCCUGAGGUGCUGAAGGAGCUACCACUUAGGACUGAAGGAAGUGAUAUUCAGCUUAUGUACCCAUACGAAGCCGAUAUGAAGGUGACAUUGGGCCCAAAGCCCUUAUGCUCAAAUAGUGAAAUAUCUCAAUUCUGGAUGGAUACGUCUCUCAAGGGUCUCUUCCUAUGUAAUGGCAUUGAGUGGAUACCAGUACUUGAAAGGAAGGAGAAACUUGACUAUGUGGAGGACUAUCAGAACAUUGCCACUGCUUCAGAAUCAAUGGGGUUAGAGAUCUUCUAUAUUCCAAAUAUGGGUUACUUUGCUGUAAUGGCUAACAAGAACAGCCAGCCUGGCUCAGCCCUCUACAGGUGGACCAAUGGUAGAUUUACAAUUCAUCAAUACUUCUCCACCUACCAAGCGCAAGCCUGGAAGCACUUCACAAUAGAAAAAAGGAUAUUCUUAGCCUUGGCUAACUUUGAAAAGAAUGAUGACGGAGAGGAACUGUCAGUCAUUUACAAAUGGAACCCGAAGAAAAUGAAGUUUCUUCUGUAUCAGACAAUACCAACAUACAGUGCUCGUGACUGGGAGGCCUUUCACAUAGAUGGAGAGACUUUCUUGGUUGUUGCCAAUCACAGGGAAGGCAACAACCACAACAUUAAUAGUAUUAUUUACAAGUGGAAUGCAAGCAAUGGGCUCUUUGAGAUCAAUCAGACCAUCCCUACCUCAGGUGCUUACGACUGGGAAUUUUUCAGUAUUGGACCAUAUUCGUUUUUGGUUGUCGCAAACACAUUUAAUGGCACAUCUACCAACAUCCAAUCUCAUAUCUAUAUCUGGCUGGGGAGCACCUUCAGACCAUUUCAGUCUAUAAUGACCUUUGGAGCAUCAGACUGGGAGUUUUUCAGAAUUCAGGAUCGCUUCUUUCUCGCGGUGGCCAACAGUCACAAUUACACAGUGGGGAUUAAAAUGCAGAAAACCGAAGAAUAUGCCAUCAUCUCCACUAUAUAUGAGCUGAACAUCACUGCACAACAGUUUGUCAAGUAUCAAGAUAUCCUCACUUACAGUGCUGUUGACUGGGAGUUUUUUACACUUGGAGAAGACUAUUUCCUAAUUGUGGCAAAUUCUUAUGAUGGUAAUUCAUUCUCUGUCAACAGCGUUAUCUACAGGUGGCAGGGCUUUGAGGGAUUUGUGGCUGUCCAUUACUUGCCUACCUAUGGCUGUCGAGAUUGGGAAGCAUUUAAAACCAAAAAUGGCUCCUAUAUAAUGUACUCCAGUGCUAAGGAAGCAACCGCAAGGGUACUGAAACUGAAGACGAUAUGAAUAUCGGGAAAGCGAAAAGUAUAAUAGUUCUCCAUAGAAGAUUUCGGGAACUGCUUUAUAGCUACCACAUAUCAAAUUUAAACAUUACUGCUAAAUCUUGAAAGAAAAUAUCCAUGUUAAAGCUCAUUGCAUGUUCCAAAUCGAAUGCAUGGUAUCCCCUGGACAGAAAGAUGUGGUUUUAGGUAUAAUUGUAAGGCUUUGUCCCCAUACAACAGAUUUAUUGUGGAAAUUUUUCAUUUCAUUUGUUUUAUUUAAACAACCCAAUUCAAAUGUGUGGAACUAUUUUUAGUUGCAUAAAAUUUAGCAAAAACUGCCAUGUGUGAACAUACCAUUACAGGAAAAAAUGUUUUGCAGUAACGUUUAUUAGGGCCUGUCAAAAUGCACCUGAAAAAAAUAUGAAAACCUAAGUUCUGAAAAUAAUACAAUGAGUAUUUGCCCAAAGUCGAGUAAGGUAACUGAGUCACCAACUAGUAGUAAAGGGUAGUGUAUACCUUCCUGGUGGUGAACCAACAAAUCCACAAUGCAAGGCAGACAGCAUACUGUGUGGGAAUAGUAUAGCGGUUGCCUAGGAAAGUCUUUAGGCCAUCUUUACAUGGGCUGAUUAUUAGGUGAAUAAGCAAUUCUAGGAACUCUUGUUCUCAAUAAUUGGACUGUGUAAAAAAGCAGUGCUCAGUCGACAAAUGAACAAACACCCGUUCGUCUCCUGACUACAUCUUUUUUAUCAUCAUUAUUGGCUGCACAUAGUCCUGUAUAAUAGGUGUUAUGCGGGUGAUAAUGAAGAAUUUUAAGGACCACACAAAUAAUCAGUGAUCGCUUGGUGAGGCCUGGCCACAUGGUUGAUCAAGCCUUGUUAAGGCUCUGUAAACAAGCACUGAUCACCAAGAUUGGUACUCAUUUACUGUAGCUAGCAUGUGUAAAGGCCUUUACCCAGCUAUGGGUAAUAUUGACCCUACUCCUAGGUGAAGUGACAGCCCUAAUAAGUUUGGCUUUGCUCUCAAUCUGUCUCUCCCUAAUACACUAUAAUACACCAUAAGGAAACAGCAUAUCGCAGUGAGUUAUACCGUUUCCAUACUUUUUAGGGAUACAUUUGAAUGCUUGAAGUACAUAUUCCAAUCCUGCAAUAAAUCCAGUACAAUGUGGUGCUGUACUUUUCUCUGUAAUCCACUGUAGUAUAGUGCUAUCCAUAACACAGCAUCCACGGAAGCAUGCCACAAAUUAUUCUAUUGCAUUCAUAUAGAAUACAACAGAAAGAAAAACCUCUUCCUAUAUGAAAUCAGGGGCAUACAGGGGUGUAGUUUGGUUCCAUUAAAGGGGUACCCAAUUGGAA